AUGGAAGAAACAAGAAGAAGUAGAACAAGAAGAUACAAGGACAAAAUAGUGAGAAUUUCGCUAAAAGCAAGAAGGCUAGCUAUCCUCCUUGUCGGCAUUAUGAAAAAAAAUGUCACCCUCAUUUCAGAUGUUGGAGGAGACCUGAUGCAAAAUGCAGCAAGUGCAAUCAACAGGGUCAUGAAGCUUGAGAAAAAGAAAGUUAGAAUUGGAAAUGGUGAGUGUCUUGCUGUGAAAGGCAAUGGUGUCAUAGCCAUUACCAGUGGCUCUAGAACUAAACUUAUCACAUAUGUUUUGUAUGUACCAGACCUAGAUCGAAACCUUCUCAGUGUUGAUCAAUUAAUGGAAAAUGGAUUCAAUCUGUCCUUCAAAGACAAAACUUGUGUGAUGGAAGAUCCAUCAGGCAAUGAGAUAUUCAAGGUCAAAUGGAGUGGAGGUGUUUCGCGCUUAAUUCUUUCGAAGAAGAGCAGACAAAUUUUCUCCUGA